AUGACUGAGAGUAGUAACCCAAGCAAAUCGGAGAAGCGUGGCAAUUGCUGGAUUUCUCACAAAUUCGUCGACGCAGCCUCCAUAAACCCAGACAAAAUCGCCGUCAUUCACGCUUCGGGCUGGGCGGCGAGGAUCGAGUCGGAUUCGGAAUCACUUAAACCUUCUAAUUCUCCGUCGUGCACACCACCUGUUUACGACGGAGACAAAUGCUUCACGUUCGCCGAGCUCUCAUCAUCCAUUGAUUCCCUGAGCUCUCGUCUCCGUCGCAUUCUCGAUGUUCCCAGUCACAGAGAUCCUAACCUCAUCAGACCACGAUUUCAAGAGAAACUUGACUUGGAGACUGACUCAGAUGUAGUAUAUAUGCCAAAGGUUUUGGCUUUAUAUAUGCCACCUUCAGUUGAAUACAUAAUCUCUGUGCUAUCUGUUUUGAGGUGUGGAGAAGCCUUUUUACCUUUAGAUCCUUCAUGGCCAAGAGAAAGAGUGUUGUCUAUGAUUUCCUCUUCGAAUGUUGCUCUUGUUAUUGCUUGUGGCUCUUCUUUCGACCAAUUCGGGUGUAAGCCGCUCGAGAGAUCACACUGGCUUGUGGAAAGCAUGGUCUGCCCUGUAUUGUUCUUCUCGAUGAGUGAAAGAUUGAGUGUGGAAACUAGUCGAUCAAGCUUUGUUUGGCCUUGCAAGAAAGAGAGGCAAAGGAAAUUUUGUUAUCUGAUGUAUACUUCAGGAUCUACUGGGAAGCCAAAAGGAGUAUGUGGCACUGAGCAAGGACUUUUAAAUCGCUUCAUGUGGAUGCAAGAGCAUUAUCCUGUUGUUGGGGAGCAGCAAUUGGCUUUCAAGACUUCAGUUGGAUUUAUUGAUCAUCUGCAGGAGUUUCUUGGGGCUAUUCUGAAUUCCACCCCAUUAGUCGUCCCUCCAUUUAAGUUCCUAAAAGAGAAUAUGAUCUCCAUCAUUGAUUUUCUAGAGGCGUAUUCUAUCAGUAGGCUCCUAGCUGUCCCAUCGAUGAUCAGAGCUAUUCUACCUACUUUACAACAUCGACACAAUAAGCUCCAAAGUUGCCUGAAGCUGGUAAUUUUAAGCGGCGAACCCUUUCCUAUGAGCCUGUGGGAUUCACUUCGCAACCUAUUUCCUGAAACAUGUUUUCUGAAUCUAUAUGGGAGUACAGAGGUAUCAGGGGACUGCACUUAUUUUGACUGUAGUGGGUUGCCAGAACUCUUGAAGACUGAGAAGAUUGGUAGUGUUCCUAUUGGCAAGCCCAUGUCCAAUUGCAGAAUUGUUCUUUUUGGUGAUGAAGAUAAACCUAAUGAGGGAGAAAUAUGUGUUGGUGGUCUCUGUCUUUCGCAAGGAUACCUGCAUUCCUCGAUGGAGUCCCAAGGCUACGUGAAGCUACAUAAUAGCUCUCUCUGUAAUCAUUUAACCAAUGAUUGUGGAAGCGAGCUUUAUUAUAGAACUGGUGAUUACGGCCAAAAGCUUUCUAGCGGUGAUUUAGUUCUUAUUGGGAGAAGGGAUCGAACUGUUAAACUCAAUGGACAACGCAUUGCCCUUGAAGAGACUGAAACAACUCUAGAACUAAAUCCAGAUGUUAGAGAAGCGGUUGUUCGACUUAACAGAGAUCAGACGGAGCUUACUUCACUUGAGGCCUUUUUAGUACUAAACAAGGAAACCAAGUCCGAUGAAGGUAUCAUAUAUUCUAUUAGAAAUUGGAUGAGGGAAAAGCUACCUUCGGUGAUGGUUCCUAACCAUUUUGUUUUGGUGGAGUCCUUGCCAAGUACUUCAAGUGGAAAGGUUGAUUAUGAAGCACUAGCAAGGUUGAAAUGUCCUACAACCCAAGCUCAAGAUAUGAUGCAUAGCAAUGGAACUGAUAGUUUACUGCAAAUUAUUAAAAAGGCCGUUUGUGAUGCAUUAGUGGUCAAAGAAGUUUCAGACGAUGAUGAUUUCUUUGUGAUUGGUGGAGACUCUUUAGCCGCAGCUCAUCUUUCUCAUAGUCUUGGUAUCGAUAUGAGAUUGAUUUACCAAUUUCGAAGUCCAUCUAAGCUUUUGAUCUGUCUGUCAGAGAAGGAAGGAAAGUUAAGAGAAGAUAUGCAACGCAAUACCACUCUGAAGCUAGAAAACAAUAUAGAGAAUCAGAAUGGCAAUGAGUUUUUUAGUAGAACUGUUACACUUCAUUCUGGUGUUACAUCAGACCCAACACCUUCAAGAAUUCAGUGCGAGAAGAGUGUCUCUACAAAGCGAUUGAAAAUCAAUUCAGAACAGUUUUCGUCCAAAAGAAUGGAAGAUAAAAAAUCAUGGGAUUCAGGAAUUUCUCAAAUACAAUGUGCAUUCAGUAGGUGCAACAAGGUACAGUUUCCAAACUCAUGUAGUAAUGAGGGGGGAAACCAAGAAAACUGGUCGGUGGAGUUUCCAAGGAAUCAAGUGGUCUCUAUGCAAGAGCUAUGGAAAGUUCAUAUGGAGUCUUGUGUCGAUGCCUCGCCCCUUGUAGUAUUGAAGCAUUCGAAAACAUAUCUAUUUAUUGGGUCUCACUCACAUAAAUUUUUCUGCAUUGACGCGAAAAGUGGUUCUAUUUGCUGGGAGACCGUUCUAGAAGGAAGGAUCGAAGGUUCAGCUAUGGUAGUUGGUGAUUUUUCUCAGGUCGUGGUUGGAUGCUACAUAGGAAAAUUAUAUUUCUUAGACUUUUCAACUGGAAGCUUAUGUUGGACAUUCCAAGCAUGUGGCGAGAUAAAGUGCCAACCUGUUGUGGACACAUAUUCACAACUGAUAUGGUGCGGAUCACAUGACCACACUCUUUAUGCCCUUGACUAUAGGAGCCAAAGCUGUGUUUAUAAGCUGCAAUGUGGUGGGAGCGUAUUUGCGUCACCUGUAAUUGAUGAGAGUCAUAGUUCACUUUACGUGGCUUCUACAAAUGGUCGCGUGAUAGCUGUAUCAGUAGAGGAUUCCCCAUUCCACACCUUGUGGCUACUUGAACUAGAGGCACCGAUAUUUGGUUCUCUUUCCAUUAGCCCGACAAACCAAAGCGUUAUAUGCUGCCUAGUUAAUGGCCAAGUUGUUGCAAUGAGUCCAUCUGGAACUAUUAUCUGGAGGUAUACAACUGGCGGGCCAAUAUUUGCAGGGCCUUGUAUGUCGCAUGUGCUUCCAUCUCAGGUGCUCGUGUGCUGUAGAAAUGGAAGUGUUUAUUCACUAGAGUCGGAAUCUGGGUGUCUUGUCUGGGAAUACAAUAUUGGGGACCCUAUCACAGCAUCUGCAUACAUCGAUGAGAAUCUGCAUUUUGAAUCUCACCAACUGCUUGCAUCAGACAGGUUGGUGUCUGUAUGCUCUAGCUCGGGAAGAGUUCAUAUCCUUCGUGUGAGUCCCAAUCUCAGCAGAGAUUCAAAAGUAGACGAAAUCGCGAGGUUGGAGUUGCAGGCAGACGUUUUCUCUUCACCAGUGAUGAUCGGUGGCCGGAUUUUUGUUGGCUGUCGUGACGACUAUGUGCAUUGCCUCUCUCUUGAGAGUUGCGUUUUGCGUCCGAACUCAAUAACAACUGUGUAA